AAGGCUAAUAUUUUUGUCCUCAGCCACGUGCUUUGCUUUUCUUCAUCUUCAUUUUUCUUCUCCUCGAUGCUUUGCCUCCCCGACCAGCCCCCCCCCAAGCCACCGACUCUCUUCCUCCUUGAAAACCUGGUGAGAUCUUGAUGAAAUUUCUCCUUCUUUCUUGCUUAAUCACAAGAUUUGGGGCUUAGAAUUCUCUCUCUCUACCCAGAAAUCCCGGAUCUGCUCUGUUCUUCUCCCUUGUCCGUCGGGUUCUGCUGGGUUUGAAUCCUUCGGUUUUUCUGCUGCGAGUUCCCCUGCAGAAUUUCUUCUUCUCUGCCGUCGGCUUCUUCCCCCCCUGCUAGGCUCGGUUUUUGGCUGCUAAAUUCUGGUAUGGACAGCUCCUCUAAGCCUAAAAUUACCCAUUUAAUUGGUUGGUUUUGUCCAUUAAGUGCUGCCCUGUGCUUGCCGAAUUUUGCUAAAAUGGGGGAGGAAUUCCGGUAGCAUUUAAAUGUGUUUUGUGCUUGGUUUAUGUAGGAAUUUUGUUAAUUGGGCUGUUGUGAUGUUGUGUAGGAGUAAUCCCGUGACUUAGCCAUUCUUGGCCAAAGCCGUGGGUCUCCAUUGCUUGUCCAGGAAAUUGGAAUGAAUUUUGGUAGCUUUAAGCUAUGUUUUUAAGUGUGGUUUAAGUAGGAAAUUAGCUUGAAUUGGGUUGUUGUGAUUUUGGAGAAAAAUCCCGUGAAUUAGCUAGUGUUUUGGCCAAUUUUGGAAGUGAAGUUACUGUUCACGAUACUGUUCACGGGACUGUUUACUGGUACUGUUCACGGGCACUGUUCACACACCGAGGGUCAAUAAUUAACGGGGAUUUAAAUGAUUAGUUUGUGAUAUAAGAAUAAAUUUGGAGAUGUCCGGUUAUGUGGAGAUUGAUAGAAAUAGCACUGUGAUUAGGGGCUCCCGAUCGUUCUGUCAGUUAGCACUGAGAUUGAGUGCUUGGUUUUAUGCGAGUGAGCAUCAUUGGGAUGAAAAUGAGGAUUUUAUUGAUUUUCUGGAAAUGAGCAUGAUUGAGAAAUGAAAAUGAGAAUUUCAUUGUUUUUCUGGAAUAGAGCAUGCCUAUUUGGGAAUUGACUGAACUGCUUUGAUGAACUGAGAAUUUUGUAAAUGUUGAGUUUUCUGUUAAAUCCAUGCCUGCAUGGAAACUUUCCGGUUUGUUCUGAAAUUCGGGAUUGAUUGUGAAAUUUGGGUUUUUCUGUAAAUCCUGCAUGGUUUUGUCUCGGAUAUAGUUAUGAUUAUUGAUGAUCCCGCUAGUGGGGGUUAAACGCUAGCAAAUGUCAGCGCAUGUCGAUAUGUUAUUGAUGAUCUUGCUAGUGGGGGUUAAACGCUAGCACAUGUCGGCUGAUGUCGAUAUGUUAUUGAUAGAACCGAUUCGUUUCUGUAACCCUGCUAGUGGGGGUUAAACACUAGUAAAUUUCUGUCGCCUACCAGUGGGUUGUUAUAACACUGGUCAUGACUUAUAGAUGAGACUAUUGAACUGAGUUUUCUUCUGCAUUAACAGUUUGUCAGGAAACGUUUUGUUAUUGAACUGAAUCUGAUUUUGCAUUGACGGUUUUGUCAUUGAACGUUUUGCUAUUGAAUCGAAUUUGAUUUCCGCAUUAACGGUUUAUCAGUGAAAGUUUUGCUAUGCUUACAUGGUUUAUCUGGCAUGCUUAAAAGUUUUACCCAAGGGCUAUCCAUAUUUACUUAUCGAGUUAUCUCAUAGUUUUUCCUUGUCCACCAUUUCAGGAAACGAAAUCGAGGACGGGGAAACCAAGGGGAGUGACGAGUUAGAAGGCUAGCUAUCGUGUAAAUUGAAUAUGGAUUUUAGAUAUAAAUGAUGAUCUUGUAAGCGAGAUUUUAAUUGGAGAUUGUAAAUUCAUUUAGUGGAUUGUUAGUUUAUAAGAGAUCUGAUUUGGAGAUUUUGAGGUUAAGUCAUGUGGACAUAGAAAAGAAAUUUUGAAAUAUCCG